GAGACUGGCACAGCUCAGUGACAAUGAGUAUUUUAAGAUUUACAUCGAUAGCCUUAUGAAGAAAUCCAAACGGGCCAUCCGACUCUUUAAGGAGGGAAAGGAGAGGAUGUACGAGGAGCAGUCACAGGAAAGGUCAGAUCUUAAGGUCACCAAAAUACCAUCAAUUGAGGAAAGGCAGGUUUACAAGAGAGCAGUGAGACCAGCUGUGACGUACAGUCUAUGGUUCAACAGGAGAGAGGAGGCUGAAGUAAAGAUGCUGAGAUCUUGAAUGGGAAUGACCAGGAAGGAUGCAGUUAAAGAUGAGAUGGAGUUAAUGAGACGAGGAAAGGUUGAUUUGAGAAGAUAUCAUGGAUUAAGGAUUGAAUUAAGGACAGUGUAGGGUUAAAGAAGGACGACAGAGAAGAUCAGUGGAUGUAGUGACCAACACUAGGUUAGGGUUAGUUAGUUAGUAGGAGGAGUAAUGUUUAACGGUUACCAUCAGCUGCUGCUAACUCUACAUCUUGAAUAAGAUUUAAAUAUUUUCUGCACAAAAGUCCAUGCCAGCAUUUGCCUGUUUAAUUUAACAGUGUAAUAUUUGGUGCGAUGCACGGGUGGCCACACUUAUUAACGUGUCAUCUCGAAGCUAAGACGUGCAGUAAUAGCUGGAGAAGAGGAAGAGUGGCGGAAAACAUCGUUCUACAGUCAUUCUUUCCUCACCUCGACUGUAGUUUCACAUAAUGUUGGCACCAAGACAAAAACUUUUAUCAGAGAACUUCCUUCAAAGGUUACAUUAAAUAUACUUCUCCAUUCUACAGUUCUGACAUCCUGUCAUGUCAAAUUGUCAUGUUCAGACUUGCUGCCCUGUAGUUUCACCACUGCUUCAUUUUGAAUGUGAUCUUAUUUUAAUGUAUCUCACUGUUUACUAGAUAUCCGAUUGUUUACUCCCUCUGGACUCGUAAACAAAUAAGUUGACCACAAAGAAAUCGACAUCAAAGUAAUACGCAAGUACAAAGUUUACAGAGGGCGCUGUAUUUUGGUAAACCAAAGUACUCAGCACAGACUUUGUUCUGAUGUGGGAGGAUGUGAGGAACACUCGUCUGUUCUUCAUAUCUCUAACACUGCCAGUGUAUAAAUGUUGUUUUACACAACAGUCAAUGUCCUAUGACAAACAGGCAUGAAAGGAGCACGUUCUCUUUGAGGAACCAGCAAAACGAUCCCACAUCUGGUGUCACAUCUGUCUCCAGAGACACGGGCGGCCAUAUGUGGUCCGCUUUGUUGCAGUCUGUCGAGCACAAGUCUGCUCGGUACGCCUGAUUAACUGCGUCGAUCGGCCCCCAAAUCUUUGUUCAGGGCUGCAAUCUGUCUGAUGUCCAAACAUCACACCCCACCCCCUGGGCUCAUUACGCCGUUUUCAUUGUCCCUGACCACCUGAUCCCCAACCCCCUGUGUCUUUCUACUACACAUGCUGAGAAGACUCGAUGUGAUAGGAAUAUUAAGCAGGAAAUUAAAUGAUGUGUUGAGAUGGGUGAAAAAACUUUAAUCUGAAAAAAGUUUAAUCUUUAAAAAGUGAAGUACAGAACUUUUUGCACUCACUCAGUUAAUUGUCUUUGACCCAGAGGUUACGCUUGCUGCAUAAGCCUGACAAAAAAACCCAAACAAAAAACAAAAAACUUUCCAACGCAUUUGGAUUAAAAAACACCCGAGUGCCCCAUAGGCAAGGCUGCAGAUUAUAACCUUCAGUCUGACACAUUAAUCAAGAUUAAUUUGAACAAUGCCUUUGUUUUCCAGUGGUACUUCAACAUUGACAGCGGCAAAGACCUCUGUGUCUUAAGUACAAUCAGUAUAGAAAUUCAGUGGUAGAGAAAUGAAGGAAACAUUCAGCGCUCAGUCUGGUAAUGGUCAAGGCAGCGGGUAUAAGUCAGUGUUCGGUCAGAUUCAUAAAAACCCGUCUCAGCACUGAGAAUUGCUGUAACAGCACAAAAUGGAAUUGACAAGCACAGGAGCUGUGUUUUUUCAUAACUAACAGCUGCCCACGAUUGCUUCACUGCACAAGGCUGAAAUGAGAUGUGUCUACUCCGAGGGCUGGGUCAGCUGGAGGACUCGGCAAAAAAAGGACUUCUCGAUCAAUCAAUUAGCAGUAAUGAGAGUAAUUACGCAGUAAUUGCCCAACCAGUGAAGUGCUCGUUUGGUGGCGUGUGCCCUUGCUGCUCUGUCACACCCAGUUGCUGAUGUUAAAUCUCAUGGCCGUCUGUUGGAGGCUCUCGAAGUCAAGUGAAAAUACCUCAGAGGUACAGUAUGUAGUACGAAGGACUGUGUACGCGAAGGCUUGCCUCGUUGACUGUCUGCGAUACGGCCACUGUCCACAUGUGAAGUGAUUUGCAUCGCAUGGCGUUUUGCAGCCGUCCUGACAGGCUCACGUUCAGCUGCUUCCUAAAGUGAUUGUCUCUAAAUCAGCUGGAUUAAAAGUGCACUUCUUUUGCCAGGAAGCUGUGCUGCAGAUAAAAGACAAUCUGACCGCCCUCUCUCUCUCUCUCUCUCUCUCUCUCUCUCUCUCUCUCUCUCUCUGUCUCUCUGUCUCUCUCUCCCUCCCACUCUCUGUCCGUCUGCCUGUAUCACACACACUCUCUCCCUCUCUCUCAGCAGGCCUUUUACUCACCCUCCCCAUCUGUCUGUCAAUAACCUCUGACUCAUGCAGCACUGACAUGUUGGAGGAACAUGCUUACUAUUCCGACUCUCAGGGCGACAGUUAUUCUAAAAAGAAGGGUUUUUACAGGAAACGUGUUGUGGAAGAAACAUCAUUUACUGAACUUGUGUAAUUGUGUGAGCGGCAUCAAAAAUAUUGUGGCAAUUUUUCCAAAUUGAUGACACAUAUUGUUCAGUAGUGAGAAUACCAUUUGUCCUCGUCAUACAAGUAAGAUAUUUGUUCACGUCCCCUGUAAUCGAAGUUUCGCGCUGCUCAACAGUCGGUAGUUGCUGUUGUCUGACUCAUGUCUUCAUUGUGUGUCCGUCACACACAGUAAAAGACACAAUGAUGCUGUAUGACUGCAAUGCCACACUUUUCUAAUUAGUUCUCAGUGAAGCUUAAGAUUGUCUCACUUCUGUUCUUUUCAGGCUUGUUUGAGAGGUGUUGAAGCCAUGUUGUUUUUUAAUUUACAAUAGUAAACAUAUACAUAACUUGGCGUCAUUUUAGCUCUACAGUAAAAGACAAAAAACAAAGCAGUGCAGGUUUAACUGGUAGUUUAACAUUUUUCAGUACAGCUGGUAAACCUUUGGACUGUUCUAAUGAGGCGCUGAGUAACUGGAGCAUAAAGAGUGAAGUUUGUGUGUUAUUUUAUGUUAUAUACAAGACUUUGGCAAACAGUCUUUAAGUGGCACUCUAAGAUGUUUUGUAAUGUAUUACUUGUUGUGAUAGAAAAUAAAAAAAAAGUUAAUAUUGUAAAUUUAAAAAUAAAACUCUGAGCUGUAAGACUCUUACUGUCAUACACCCAAAAGUGAAUUAUUAUUACUAUUGUCUCUUGGUGGCGUUCAGAAUCUAUGUAAAUGGCAUUUGACCCAUAAACCCUCAUUGGCUUACCUCAAGUCGGGUUCCACUGAACUCAAGGGAUCCCCUAAUAAGUGCAUUGGGUUUCAUCACCUACAUCCAGUUCCCAUUAAAGGCUGUGGGCGGAUGCACUGAUGUGCUGUUCUUGAAUCACUGAGCUGAAACGACAGGAAGUGUUUCCUGGUGAAUCAUAUCAACUGUUUCCACAAGAAAAAGAUCAUCUUACAGCAUCACUGACUGUAUUAUAGUUGACGUUCUAGACCAGCGGUUCUUAAACUGUGGUAUGUGUACCACUGUUGGUACUUAGGCACCCUCUAGUGGUACAUGGGGAGCAGACUUUUUAAUGUCUGUAUGGUUUCAGAAUUGAACUAAGAGAACUACUUUAUUGUACACCAAGGGUCUCAAACUCCUGGGGCGGGGGUCACUUAUAGCCCAAUACAAAUUCCAAUUUGUCUUUUUUCAAUUGUUAAAAUGUGUCAGUUUGUCUUAUAGGAACAUGAAAAGAUUUAAACUAGUUGUCUGUGAGGUAGUAUUAUACAUUUUUUUUUAUCUUAAAUAUGUUUUUUGUGCUGUACAUCAAACAAACUGACGCUGCCCUCAAAUAACAUAACAGUGGCAGCUGUUCUUAGCUGAACAGGGUAGUUUGAUGCAGUAUUUUAAUGUUAAUCAUACUGGUGGUACUUUGAGUGACCCAUAUUUCAGAUGUCGUCAACUGUGCAGGGUUGCGAAACACUGUUCUAGACUAUAGUUAUUAAUAAUUGUGUUUUUGUUUAUUACAUACAAUAUAUAUCAUACUUUUGUAUAUAAUGAUUUAUAGUAUAUGACAGUGUUGUAUUUCAAACACUUUCCAGUACUCAAAUAUCCCACAGAUUGUACAGUGACCAUUCAAUUCAGUUACAAAAAGUAUAAUGAUGAUACUGUGCACCCAUUCUCACAUGCUGGCACGUCACAGUGGACAGACGUGUUUCGGAGUGGUGAUGUCACACCUUCCCAAGAAAAGCAUGUGAGCUUGAGCCCAGAUGAGUAAACCUCCAUAAAGUAGAACCAUCUGGGGAGGAAGUGGAGUACCAGAAGAGGAAGAAGAAUUCAGUCAGGAACUCAGAACAUGUGGGAGGUGUGUGUGUGUGUGUUUGGUGAUGGUCGUUGCUGCUCUUACUCACACAGCUCUGAGUCAGGGUUUGUCUCAGUUUGCUGAGACACGUGGAAUGGAUGCAGAGGAGUUUUCUUUCCAUGACUCGGUGCAUUGACUUUACAGAAUCAAUUAUGAAUUUUGGAACCAAAUGAAAAACUGUUUGGGUCUUAUGCUCUCACUCUAACAAGCUGUAAUUUCAAGAUUUGGGACCUACAAAGUCUAUCCAUCCAUCUAUCCAAAUUCAACACUGACUGCUUUCCUAACUUUAUUAUCCAACUAUCAAAUGUUGCACGUUCAAAUCUCACAAACACAAGGAAAUACAUUUUUAAACAGUAUGUCAGUGGGGUAUUCUAUGAUGAUAUAUUUAAUAUGGCUUACUAACUCUUAAGACAGGUGAUAGAAAUAGACUGGCAGGAGCAGCUGAGUUGAACAGCUGCCUUAAAAAACAAUCCUAACUGAAACAGUGUUGAAAGAAAGAGUAAAGUGUGUAGAUCAAUUGAUUACAUUGCUCAGGCCAAACCAAGAUCAACAUGUCCGUGUGUGUUCUCUCAAGUGUAGGUGUGUUUGGUCUGCUCAGGCUGCAGUCUGCAAACUAAAGGCUCCUCAUUUAGUCCUCACCAAGUGUUCUUCAUGGACAAUUAGCUACUUGGCAGCGAUCUUGUUUACCCAUCCGUGCAGCUCUGUGUGAAAGCCCGACUAAGCUCCUUUUUUUAAAUAAAUGGAGCAAAGGAGAAAUCUUUGGCGACAAAUGUGCAUGAUUUUGCAACAACAAAUUCUUUUGUAACUCCGUAAGCAUUCGCUCUCCAAACCAUAACACUUUAACAGAUGGAGCCCAUGUCCACUGUCACAUACUGUACUGUAUACUUAUCAAAACUGGACUCCAAUCUAAGAGCUCAUGUCUGAAAAUCAACUGCCUCCAUCACUACCUACUAACCCAGGUGUGGGCAACUAGGUCCACAAAGGGCUGCUGUGGCUCCAGGUUUUUGUUCCAACCAAGCAGCGGCACACCUGACCUGGCUUAAUUAAUCAACUGCACUACCCACUAACCCACACUCAGCCCAAGGUUUGGCAUCUGUGCAGCAUGCCUCCUGAAAAUGAGGAACCUGACCAAGCUGUCUCUGAUCUUCAGCCACAUGCUGGCUGAAAUCAAAGCCAUCUUCCCUGGAGGACAGUUUCAGGGGGACACCUUCAGAAUCACCAAGGCUGAUGCUGCCGACUUUUGGAGGAGAUUUUUUGGAGAAAAGACAAUAGUGCCAUGGAAAGUCUUCCGACAGUGCCUUCACGAACUGCAUCCCAUCAGCUCUGGCCUGGAGGCCAUGGCCCUCAAGUCCACCAUCGACCUUACCUGCAACGAUUACAUCUCUGUGUUUGAGUUCGACAUCUUCACACGUCUGUUCCAGCCAUGGGGAUCAAUUCUGCGGAACUGGAAUUUCCUGGCAGUGACACACCCCGGAUACAUGGCCUUCCUCACCUACGAUGAAGUCAAGGCCCGACUGCACAAGUACAUCAACAAGCCCGGAAGCUACAUCUUCAGACUGAGCUGUACACGUCUGGGCCAGUGGGCCAUAGGUUAUGUGACCAAUGACGGAAACAUACUGCAGACCAUCCCCCACAACAAACCCCUGUUCCAGGCGCUCAUCGACGGCUACAGGGAGGGCUUCUACUUGUUUCCCGAUGGUCGCAGUUACAACCCUGACCUCACUGGUCUGUGUGAGCCGACGCCUCACGAUCACAUCAAAGUGACACAAGAGCAGUACGAACUCUACUGUGAAAUGGGCUCCACCUUCCAGCUUUGUAAGAUCUGUGCUGAAAACGACAAAGAUGUCAAGAUUGAACCGUGUGGACAUCUCAUGUGUACAUCCUGCCUGACAGCCUGGCAGGAAUCCGACGGUCAGGGUUGUCCAUUCUGCCGCUGUGAGAUCAAAGGCACAGAGCCCAUCAUCGUGGAUCCCUUUGACCCACGGAACGAGGGGACCAAAUGCUUCUUCCUGGACCGGCACAGCUGCCACAUGCUGGACCUGGAUGAUGAUGAAGACAGAGAGGACUGUUUAGUCAUGAACGGACUGGCCAAUAUCAGAAAGCAUUGUGCUGAACGCCAGAACUCUCCCAUGGUGUCCCCCAGCUCGUCACCUGUCAGCCAGCACAGGAAAACCCACAGUGGAGACGCCGGUCACUGUGUUCAGCACCUCAGCCUUCCUCCCGUCCCACCCCGACUUGACCUUAUCCAGAAAGGUGCCAUCCGCUCCCCAUCUGCCAGUCCCACCGGCUCCCCCAGGUCUUCACCAAGCAUGUCCAGGAAACAGGACAAGCCUCUCCCAGCUCCACCUCCUCCCCAGAGAGAUCCACCUCCACCACCUCCCCCGGAGCGCCCUCCUCCCAUCCCGCCAGAGUCGCGCCACUCUUGGCUUGUCACUUCUUCCUCUAGUUCUUCUUCUACUGCUGCUACUUCGUGUGACUCCCUGGUGCCCCCUGAGACGUGGUGCAGCAAAGACAACCACCUGUCAGACGCCUCCCACAGGACAGGAGUGGACUACCAAUCCCUACAGCUGGGAUUAACUGGCUCCUCCCUUCUUAACGGGAGACCGCUGAGCUGUCCCUCCGCAGGAUUUGGGAGGCUGCAUCUCAGAAUGGAUGGAGCGGUAGCUGCAGAGAGCUCUAAGGGUUUUUCUAAUGGUGUUCAAGUCAGCGAUGACUACGACGUCCUCCCCUCACGGGUUUCCCCAACUCAGUCCUCACUCUCCAGUAACCACAAGGCCUCCAACCCUUUUAACAGCCCUUUGGUGGAGCGACCUCACAGGCUGACGGAGCGGGUGGAGGACGACUAUCAAAUCCCUUUAUCCAACCUCUGCCUGAGCCAGGCCCCAAUCUGCAUCUCUGUGCCCAGCAGGCAUAUAGAAAACGGCUCACCAGAAACCUCAACUGAGGAGAAGAAACCACACCCUCCUGAGCCUGGCAGACACUCAGAAUUGGACAGGGGUUUGAUCCCAGGGUCAGCACACACUGCUCUCUGCCCGUUCAGCAGCAACCAGUCACCCUCUGACUAUGACAUUCUGCUGCCCCCUAAAGCAGCAGAAGAUCUGUUCAACAACCUCCCUCCAUCUCAGCCACCUCCGCCUCCCCCGCCACUGCGACACAGCUUCACAGACUUCCCGUCUUCAUCUGCAUCAUCGUCCCUCAACACCUCCAACUCGUCCUCCUCCUCUGUCAUCACGCGACCUCACAGACCCUCGUCCGGACACGAGCACUUGCUCCUAACCCCCGACACGGUGUUUGACAUGCUGAACAGCGCCGCUCCUCUGCCUCCAGUCAGACGACCCACAGAAAAUGUGAAAAGCUCCAGAAGCUGCCGUUUGGAGUACGACCAUUUACCAGUUUCAAUGGACUGUUUGCAGGCGCCCGCCCGGCCGCCGAAGCCACUGCCCCGGAAGAUUCCGCCAGACAUCCAGCUGGGAAAACACCACAGUAUCGAGUGUGACACUGUGGAUGCCAAAAUCGCCAAGCUAAUGGGGGAGGGCUAUUCAUUUGAAGAUGUGAAGCGGGCGCUGAUAAUUGCUCAGUACAAAGUGGAUGUGGCCAGAAACAUCCUGAGAGAGUUUGCCUUGGUGGCCCCCAGACUGAACCUCUAGAGUGAUGCUGUUCCUCCGAGUGGACUCUUCAAAAAGGGCUUCUUUAAUUCUGCUUGGCCUCAGAUCAUUUUGGAAAUAAACAAUCAUCGACGUGAACACACAAAGAUUUAAAGGAUGACUUGCCUUUUGUUGCCAACAGAGAUGACGAUGCACAACAAAUUGGCUGAAACCAAAUCACAGCAGACCACGUGGGAGGAAAAGGGUAGAAAGACUGUUUCUGUGAAUAAUUUAAAUCUGUGAACGAACAAACCAGGCUUCUCCUUCUUCUUCUUCUUCUUCUUCUUCUUUAUCUUCAUGUUCUUGUUUACAGCAAUCUUAGUGUUGUCACUAUCUGUUGUCAGAUGCUCCUGUAAAUGAGCUUUUAUGUUUUCUCACUUACACUUAUUUACAUUUAUCAGAUCACACUUGGAAAGAAAAUAACAGUAAUUGGUUCAAUGUUGACGGAGCUUUCCUCCUGUCAAAGCUCAAAGCACUAAGAAUGGAUUUAAAAUGCUCAAAAUAACAAUACUAGUGCUAGGUAACAUGAAAAUACAGCCUUUGUUCUCUCAGUGAGAAGGAAACAUAGGGAUGCUAUGUUGCUUAUCAGUUGUCAUAACAUUUUGGGGCAUGUGUAGGGACAAAUUAGCACCACAGUUUGGCGCUGUUACAGUUGAUUGUGUGAGUCAUCUUCACACAAAUGCACUUAUUUUACAAAGUCUCCUGCUUGUUUUUAAAUUAUUAGUUUCUGAUAUCGCCAGCAACUUAUUUUGACUCAGAAGCCAUGAGUUAGGUCAUAAGUAGUCAAAGUUAAACAAGUUGUUUAUCAGAUUUAUAUUUUGAUUAAGAUCUGAACUGCAGCGGUCAUUUCAACUAAUGAACCUUUCAGGUUUUAAUGCAGGUGGUUCAUAUACUGACAGGUGUUUUGCUAAUGUAACUAAUAGUUGAGAAAUGAACUGAAGUGAGUGACAACAAAGAAGUGUUAAACUCUGGUGCUGCCGCUACUGCUUCUGUUCUUUUUCAUUUUCUACCACCCAACAUUUUUGUAAUACAUUUUAGAGAACAGGACAGUUUCACUUCAUGUCAGCCUUCAAACUUAUGAGGUCAUUCUCACUUAACACCAGUGGAGGGAGCCAUGGUGUAACUUUUCCCUGGCCUCCUCUUCCUUUUUUUUUUUUCUGUUGUGUUGCCCAUUAGAGAGUUCUUCACUUUAGCACAGAGUCUGGCUGACUCUUAACUCCCAGGUCUUAACAGGGUUUGUUGAGGUGGGAGAGGUUAAGACAGAGCCAGACGAUGCCUUAUUGAUUUCCUUAUUUCCCGCAGACCUUGAGAAAACUGCACGACAGCUCCUGAGGAGCUCCCCUGUUAAGGCUUGGUAUCUUACUUUGACACCGAGUGCGAAGCCAAAAUUGUGAUGGGUUUUUAGCUAUCACUCUUUGUUUCAGGUCACAGACCAGAGGAUGAAUCUUUGGAGGCCUUUUUUAAUUACAUUCUUCACUGGGGACGCCGAGCCCAUGAAUGUAUUUGUUCUGCAUGAGUGAGCUGUAUACCUUUGAACACUCUGAGCUCCUCUCAGGCUCCACUCUACCCUACAGUGUUUAAGUAGUUAAAAUAGUUAAGUGUUUGUGCAGUGUUUAAUUCCUCCACGUUUUCUUCUUGCCAAAAACGACAGUGCCUGCAUUUUUCAAAUCAAGCAUUUCAGUUGACGGAGAGCUGGUUGCUGUGGUUUCAGCUUUGACUCGGUCCUUCCCGGCAGCCUCAGCUGUUUCAGUCUGCUUCGGUCGCACGGCCAUCAGCUGGUGAGAACAGCCACAGUGUUCCCAGAUGUUUGAGGACUCACUCAGUAACUCGCCCACUUACUCACUCUCAAAGUCACUCACUCGCUUACUUGUCCACCCAGUCACUCCGUCACUCUAUCACUCAGUCACGCUGCACUGCAACAUUUCUGCAUUCUUAUUCAUGCAAAAUACUUAUGUCAAGUCAGCAGAGGUGAACAGAAGACAGCAGAGCAGAGCAGCCUCUCAGCCCACCUUAACGAAGAUGCCUUCACUUAUACAACAGACAUGCAUAAUGGUGAAUGGGCUGCACUGGAGGAACUUUAUAGACACACACACACACACACACACACACACAGAGAGAGAGAGAGAGAGAGAGAGAGAGAGAGAGAUAUUCAUGCAGUACUUUCUGUCUGUCACUCAUAGAUCCCGUAAAGACACAGCGCAGCUGUCAGAAGCACUCAGUAAGUCAGGCGCAUUAGUAUUGUGUCAAUACUGCUUGGAGCACGGUAUCAAACCAUCGACCUUCUGAUUAGUGGACAAUCUAAUCAACCUCGUGAUCCACAGGAUCCUCCAGGGUUUCUCUUAUCUCCUUAAAUUUGGUUUUUAGUUCACUUGUCAAUUUAACCUUUAAAAAAAGGGGAAAAAAACAACACCCCUUGAUGGCUUGAACUCAUGAGAUCAAUUAGAGGCUUUCUGAAGUGGGAGUGUGUUCAAUAAAUAGUUUUGACUUUAUUAAGUGUGUUUUAAUUAGGUGUACUUUAGUGCCAUAGCUCCGAGCUGCGAUGGUUGUAUUUAUUCAGACUUCUGUAACGUGACUUCAGUCGGUGUCUCAGCUGGCAGAUGUGUUUUCACUGAGCAUCUGUGUGCUCGGCUUCUGCAGCACUGACACUCUGGGGAUUUGAGCACAGUUUGUUUUAUUUCAAGAUGUGUCAAAACCCUAGACUGUAUAUAAAAAAGUGGACUAAACCAUCAGCAAACUUUCGAAGAAGGUGGUCUGUGGCGAAAACUGGCAACUUUUCAUUGAGUUAAAAAAAAGUAAUAAAAUGUGACGUGGGUAUUAAGACGUAGUUUAGAGAAAAACAUAUACUGUGCACAUGAGUGAUGAUUGCAGCUGGACGGUCUUCAACCACACUCCUAAUAGACUAUUAGCUUCCUCCUUACCAUCUACCCAUCCAACUGGAUCAUCAGUUGUUCUAUCGACAGACACUUAAAGCUGGUAAAAGAUAUAAAAGGCAGGUCUUAGAAAAAUAGUAAAAAACAUAAAUCAUUGUGUUUAAUUUUCCAGAAUUCCCUUUUUAUCUAAGAUCUAAAAUGUCACCAAAGCCCCAAGGUCCCUUCUGUUGUCAUUAAACCUAGUGUGGUGAAUAUAUGAUACAGUAGAUUUUAGCUAUGUCCUCCCACAGUGUUAGAAAAAUGUAUGUCACAGCGAGAAGUUCAUGUUUCACAGUUUCCUAUUUGAGAACAAAACAAAGACAGUUCUCACUUUGGGUAUAUCACUCCAACUGCUGUGUAUAAGGGACUGCUGUAGGGGUGGGUUUUGGUUUUUUUAAAUAAUGAUAUAUGACAUACAGCCAACUGAGUCGGAGGCUGUGCACCAUCUCUGCGCCUCCGUAUUUUCUUAUUUAAAAGCAAAAGAAAAGGAAGUCAGAGCUGCAGUCUGUCUUCACUCUUGUGCAGAGACUCGGUCAAAAAUUCAUUCACAGAGGAAGUGAAUCAUCGCAUAGAAAACAAUGUGCAGCGUUUGCCCAAACCUCACCUGCGCGUCCUCACUUUUUCCAGAGACAUCGUCACAGCUAUCAAAAUAAAUAUGGAAAAUGAAUCGUCAUUUCCCUCAGAGUAGGGUCUAAACUGUUGAUUGAUUAUGCUCCCAUAUGUUCGAGCCUCCUCCUCACCAUGAUCACAGAGCUGCUGGUCAAAUAUUAGACUGUCUGGCUGUGGAGACGGAAAUGAAAAGGUUCAUUUGGGACAUCUUGAUAGUACAGCAGGAAGUGGAGAUGAUCACAGGUCUAAUAAUACACCUCGCUGACUCUCUCCUCUUUUUUUCUUCUUUUUUUCUUUGCAUAAUGUGCGAGUGUGAAAAAUCAAACAUCAAAGCUCUGUUUACCUGCGUGUGUGUGUUCAUGUGUGUGUAUAAGUGCAGCAUCCCAGCGUUCUACUCACCGCCGUUUCUGCAUUUACCUUUACAUAACGCUGAAGGUUUGCUGUGUGCAUGUAGACGUUUGUGUGACACUGCUGUGUGGCGGAGGCCAAAUCACCGUCACUGAUUGUGCUUUUAUCUUUCAACUACAAAAGCCUUUAUAGUUGUGUUGUGUUCAUUAUUUUGCUGAUGUGGUCAUCGACAGAGAGAAACAUGGCUGUACCUUCACAUCGUCGAUGCUUUUACUUUAUGUGAGGAUCAUUGUUUUUUUUCUGAGCAGCACUUUAAAGCAGACCUGCAGUCUAACAUGUACAUAUGUUCAUACUGUGGUGCGUGAUGGCCCGUGUUCAUGAGCAAAUGCCGUGUUUAACAUUAAGACGAGAAGAAAAGUCCAGGCCUGAGUGUCUUCACCGCAGACGUCAGUAGAGUACAUCGGCUGAACGAAUUACACACACGUUAACGUAAGAAGCGAGCACUUAAAUAAUGCUGAGUCGACGGCUAAGCUGCUUUAAACCCUUCUGUGAGGAGAUGAAAACUGUGGACUUUACAUUUCGACGUCAGCGUGUUUCUACAUUGUGAUGGUGCUAUUGUACUGAGGCGGAGGGAGCGCCUCUGCUCGUCACAAACUGUUCUGCCACACUGCUUGGAGUUUUCCGGUUCAUUUCCAGUAGAUUCAGUCCACACGUGUAGACGUAGGGACAGAUGCAAGGAUCAGAUGCUAUCUUUCCCUUUAAAACAAGUCUGAAUGGUUGCACUGAUCCGUCAGUUUUCUUUUUUUGCUUUUCGUCAAACUUGAAUGACUGAGGUCAGAGUUGUCCAUUUCAAUGGACUCUGUCAGCAGUGGUAAAGUGGCCUUAGGUAGAAAUGAACAUGGGCAGUUUUUUUGUUUUGUUUGUUUUUCUGAAUCAUAUUCACAGCCAUGUGCUCUAGUGACAAAGGUGUGUUAUAUGUAAAACGUAGACUUAAAUGCAAUUAAAUUAUACUUUCUUAUUAUUAUUAUUAUUUUCAUUUUCAUGAACAAGUUAAUAAAAUGCCACAAACAUA